AUGGGGCUCGGCUGCGGCACAGAUUGCGCAGGUUCCUGGGGAGGCGACAGCGAGGGAAAGGAAAGCGGAGACGCGGCAUCUGCAAGAGAAGAAGGCGAGGAAGGCGAAGAACUGCGAGAGGGCGAAGAGGGAAGCGCGGAGACAGCGACGCGCAGCGAAACGCGGGACCAGUUGAGCCGAAGGGCCAUGAAGAGACAGGCAGAAAGCCAAGAGACCGGCGAGGUGAAAAGACUCACUUUCAUCACCAGUCAAAAGAAUGAACUCAUCAAACACAUUGUCCGACUCAAAAGGCGAAGUGAUCUAAGGCAGCGGUACGAGAGCGUAGUGGUGAUGGGCCUUCCUCUCGUCCGCUUCAUGUGCAGUCCAGAGUACCGGCGGUUUGCUUCGCGGCAGGGCGGCGAGAUGUUUCUUUCUGCUGCAGAAUCGAAGAAGGAAGACGACUGGGGCGCGGCACCAGAGUCACAACCGGCAGAAGGAGCAGACGCCAGAACACACGAAUUCGGAAACGCGAACAGCAGCCGUGUGCGCCAGUGUCCGGAAGCAAAGGAAGAAAAAGAGGGCGAUUUUUCGCGCGUCGCCACGCACGAAGGCGGCGAACCGCAGCUGAAAUUCGAACUGCUUCUGACGGACAAUCCAGGCUUGGCAGGCGUUCCAUCGGCGUUUAAUGUGCACGCCCGGGAGACGCGGUGUACGUACAGCGAAGUGAUGGAGUUCCUUAUGGCUCGACGGCCACUGGAGUUUCUGCCAAAGAAGGAGAAGCACUCAAAGCGGAAAGACGACCGACGGUUUGCCGGAAAGGGCAAAGACUCCACGUUGCUGGCUCCAGGAGACUUCCACGGCUUUGCGUCUUCGUCCAAGAUCGAAAAAGGCGCGGCCGACACUGGCCUUCCGCAUCUGGGCAUGUCAGUCAAAACGGGGAGUAAACGCGUCGUCGGCAUUUUGAAACGGCCACGGGAAAGCUUUGAUUUCGGAUCUGCAAGGUGCAUCCUGGCACUGUGUGGAGUGCGGUACGUGUGGAAUGUUGGCAUUCUCGUUCGCACAGCGGCAUCCCUAGGUUUCGACGGCGUCUACUACGUCGACGGGACUGCGGACCCUUUCAGUUGGAAAGUUAUGGAAGUUAGCCGAGGGCUCCACUACAACUUGCCUCACUUCCACGGCUCGGCUGAGAAUCUUUUGCGCAUGUGCGAAGAAAGCGAUCUUCUGCCCAUUGCGGCGGACAUUAGUGGCGAACGGCCCGAAGCGUUCCACGGCGCGGUGAUGUCCCACAGAGGUAUCUGUUGUAUCCUUGGCAACGAGUCGCGCGGGCUUUCUGAAGUGAUACUCCAGCACUGCAGAAGGGUGGCUUUGCCCAUGUCGUCUCUUCUCGACUCGCUGAACGUCGGCAUUGCUGGUGGAAUAGUCAUGUAUGAAAUGAAGAAAAUCCUGGCGAUGCGAACUAUGAAGAGAGACACUACCACUACGAGCAAUGGCAGCGGUUGUCUCUCAAAUGAUAGUGGAAAUGAGGAGCUGGCUCGUCCUCAGCUCGUCGCUGUAGGUUCAUAA